UUCAGCUACUCUUUGACGAGUCCUUCUUCCGCAUGUAAACCUCUUUUGCUACCGCCACCUGCUGGAUGAGAGGACACACUCUCCCUUUUCAGUCUGUUGCUAGGAUACAGAGCGCUACUCAGCAUAAGCUGUACCGAAACAUCCGGUAGCUUUAAAAAACAGGCGUAAAAAGUUGUUUGACGACAGGAAAACGGGAAGACUUUACCUAAUACAUUUUCUACAGCUAAGAGACCACAAAAAGGAAGGAAAGAAGUUUGCUAAGAAAACAGGAAAAACAAGGACAGGAUCACAGAAGACCAGAGCAGCAGAAGAACAAGAACGUACAGAAAAAGAUGAAGAAGAUUAAUAGGAAAGAGGCCGGUUUUAGGGUUAUCACACACAGAAAACCAAAGCAGCAGCAGAAGGACAAGAGCGUGCAGAAAUGGACGAAAACGACUCUUACGAAAGGCGUAAACAAGGACGAUGGGGCUCCAGCUCAGACCACAUUAGAUGGACGCUUAUUGCUCCAGUUACACUGUGUAGAUAAGCCGUCUCACCUCUACUCCGUCGACAUCAUAGAGCGAAAUCUGACUUCUGUCGAGCCAGAAGAGCUGAAGGCCUUCGUAAAUGUAACCUGCGUUGAUGCAAGUGAUAACUUCCUCUCUUUAGGAUCAUUCAGCUGCUUCACGUCUUUGAGAGAACUCGAUCUGACUAUGAAUAGAAUCAAAAACAUGGAUUUUGAUGUUGCUGACUUCCCUCAUUUAGAGGUCUUAAAUUUGUCCUUCAACACCUUACAAGCAGAGGUUUUACUAAAGUUCGGUCAGUUUCCACGUCUCAAAACUCUUCAUCUGACCGGAAAUCAUCUCAGCUGUCUUCCUCCCAACUUUGGUCCCUCACACAGCGACCAGUCUGACAUGCUGUCUGAAGAGGGAGCCAAACAGUUUGAGGCUCUUGAAGUCCUGAUGCUUAACUACAACAGACUGACCUCUAGCGUCUUCUAUAACCUUAGGAACCUGAAGAGGCUGAAGCACCUAAACCUAGAGGGCAACCAUAUCACAGAAAUACCUUGUAAGGAAGUGAUGGAGAGUUCAAAACCCGCUUUGAGGGAAGGCGAAGAGGAAGACAUCGAGUCUAAAAUCGACCACCAUAUUGAGAUUAUGGAGAUCCUUCACGUGCUCAGGGAGGACAGGUGUUCCAGUGUGUUACUGCCUGAGCUCCAGUGCCUCAAUCUGGCCGACAACCAGAUCGCCUCAGAGGAAGCCGUGGUUGCUGCUGCUCUUUUCCCAAAGCUCUGUGAAUUACAUAUCCACUGCAAUCCUCUAACCACACAGAGGAGAGGAGAAACGGCUUUACUGACUUAUUUCCUUCAAGACAAGCUUGGAAUAAAGAUAAAGAGAGAGAAGGAUGAAGAUUUGCUACAACCUCCCCUGAAGAUGCCAUUUAAGUCGGAUUCAACGUGUGUGAGUCUCUUUCAGGACAAGAAAAGAACAAAAAGUGAUCUGAGAACAACACGACCCGAGGACAAGAGUAAAAGCAAAAGUCGGGAAAACGCAAAACGCUUCUUCAUUACUCAGACAGAAGAUGAAGCUGAGCUUCAGCUGGCUUCUUCAUCGAAUCAGAACGCAUCUGCACAAAACAGAGCCUGUCCGGGACGACCCGUACGCUACGACAUGAUAAUGGAUGUAAAACCACUUCCCUGCAUCGGAAUUCAAACAGCUGUUCGGAUGCUGGAUCAAACACUAAGGAAUCUGAACAUCUACAGAGACUCCAAACCCAGACUUGAUAGCAUCCAGACGCCAUACAAUGAAAUGAAAAAGAGGAUAGAGGAGCUGCCACCUCUGAGACCAAUAAAGCAGCCGAUCCAAAGGGUUGAGGAGUUGCUCAAGGAAAUGAAAGACAAUAGAGCAGCAAAAGUUGUUUCCUUAGGCAGUGUUAUUCACAACAGAGCAGCAAACAGUAAGGACCACAGGGAAGCUCUGUUUCUGCUGAGGGAGUUGAAGAAAACACACAGGAUGGUCCAUGACAAAACAAUGGAACAAGAAGCCAGAUUUCAGUGUGAACAUCCACAUUAAUACACGCUUUUCUUAUGCAGGAGCUUUUUUUAUUAUUAUUAUUUUUGACCAGAUCUGGACCCUGAUGCUGUUACUGUGAGUGGAGUGCAGUAAAAUCAAUCCCACAUCACAGACAACAAGACAUGUUGAGCUUUUAUUUAUGCUUGAUUUUAACAACAAGUAGAUUCUGCUCAGUUAACAGAGACCCUGAGAACGAUAUGGAAGAGAAAACCAUAGAUGGCAUCCAGACAGUUCAGGUUGAGCUGUAGAGAAAAUGUGUCUGCAGUUGUGACUUCAUCUGCAGAAAAUGUAUUUAUCUUAAGCUGUCUUUUUCUGACGGUUCGGAGCAGCUGCCUGCGCCACAUCUGUGAUCGCAGUUAAUCUUCUAAAUAUGCAUUAUAGGCAUCAAGCAGAACUUAUUUUGGCGAGAGUUACUUUCUAUUACUUGCAGUGUGAGCAACAUUUGUAAGCUUUGAUGUAUUUUUCUGCCUCAAGGAAACGAAUCAUGGUAAACGGAAAAGGCCUUCCUUCGAGGUCUGCGAACUCAUUCAAGUUGAUUCUAAUCUGGUAUUUGUUAUGAUUAAAAUGUCUUGUUGGUUGUA